AUGGAUUGCUGUCACUUAUCAAUGGGGGGAUGCUAUGCUCUGCGAGGUAUCCUGCUGCCCGCUGAUAAUACUAUGCAUGAUGCACUGCUAUUUCUGUGUGUCCACCCUUUUCCUUUUGAUAUGAGCUUAUUGCCUUCUUAUUGUUGGACUGCUAGUGCUCUGAACCGCAACCGGUUAGUUCCGUUAGACGAUUCAUCUUUUAGCUUCCAUGAAGCACAUUGCCCCAUAUUCGUUGACAUGCUCAACCAUUAUUUUACAUGCCUGUCUAUUGCACGAAAAUUUGCAAUCUUUGCUCAUUGA